AUGGCUGAUCUGGGCUCCCAGCAGGGUCGGAACUACCGGCCCAUGCCCAACCCAUAUACAUCCUCCUCCUCUUCCUCCCACCAGCGUGAUGCUGCCUUUUCCGAGAUCUUUGGCGGAGCUCCGCCCCCGGGUCGGUCGCAGACAAUGACAUCGCAAACCCCUCAGUUCAACCAUGAUCGGGCGCACACGAUGAGUUCCAAUGUCCCUCCCCCCCAGAUGCAGAGGGGCCCGGCACCGCCAGUCCGACAGAUGCAAAGUGACUACAGAUCAACCGCUGCCAAUGGCUACGGACAACCAAAUGGACCCGCGUCGUCAUCUCAGGCUUCUCCACGACCUUAUCCUGGACGCUCGCAGUAUCCGCAGCCACAGCGGUUGGAUGCCAGACCCGGCCCCGUACCCCAGUAUCCAACCCCCCAACCGCAAAGCCGUCCGGGUCCUCCUCCAGCCUUGAAUUCCGACGCCUACCGAUCGCGUUCGAUGGCAAGAAUGGGCGGACCACCGUCGUACCAGCCGCCCCCAAGCACGGCCAAUGUUUUCCGGCAACAGCCGUAUCAGUCCUCUGUGGCGAGAACUCCUCAAGGGCGACCUGUUCCGGAAAGGCACAGCAAUGAACGCGCCAUGUCGCUCAGCUCCUACUCGACCGAUCGUGAUUAUGCUCAGACUACCAUGACCGGCAGAGUGAUCCCCAACCGACGGCCCCCGUCCGGCCCCGAGCUAGCACACCAACAGCAGCAGCAGCAGCAGCAGCAGCAGCAACCGGCAGGGGAGGCUGAAAGCAACCACGAUGGGGCUUUCCGGGCGCGGCGUCCGAGUGAAGCGUCGGUGACAUCUCGCACCAUGUCCAUGGCGUCAACCAUCGCUGGGGAUCGAACUAUGAGCAUGCAGAGCAAACCAGUCCAGAAAUCGAGCAGUCAAUCGACCAAUUCAACUGCAACGACGGCAGCUCCGCCUCAUCGCAGUAGAAAACCCCUGGUCUACCCGGCCUUGCUCUCCCGUGUUGCAGAUGUUUUUCGAGAGAGGAUUCCACUGGGGGAGCGACAGAAAAACGGCCUGUCGUACCAAAAUGCAUUUUCAGGUGCUGAGGCGGUGGAUUUGAUCGCCUACAUCAUCAAAACGAACGAUCGAAACCUCGCUCUUCUUCUGGGACGUGCUCUUGAUGCCCAAAAAUUCUUCCAUGAUGUGACGUACGACCAUCGUCUCCGAGAUUCGCACGUGGAGAUCUAUCAGUUCAAAGAAACCCUGACAGAAGAGGCCCCGAGCUCCGAAGUCAACGGUGUCUUCACGCUAUUGACCGAGUGCUACUCUCCUACGUGCACGCGCGACAAUCUCUGCUAUUCCAUUGCUUGUCCCAGGAGACUUGAACAGCAGGCCCGGUUGAACUUGAAGCCUCAGUCCGGUCUGCGAUCCUCUUCCUCCAAGGGUAGUCUCCAUGGUGAUGAUGAAAACGAGAAUCAGAGGCUCUGGAUCAACAUGGUCCCCAAGGAAGUCGCGGACAGCAUCGAUGACCGAGAGAAGAAACGCCAGGAAAUUAUUUUCGAGAUCAUGUAUACUGAGCGUGAUUUCGUGAAGGAUCUCGAAUAUUUGCGAGAUUUCUGGAUGAGGCCUCUACGCUCGGCCGGCAACACCAAUCUCUCCCCGAUCCCGGAGCAUCGGCGAGAGAAAUUCAUUCGAACCGUGUUUGGUAACUGCCUGGAAGUCUUGAAAGUCAAUUCGGGCCUCUGCGAAGCUCUGAAUGCCAGGCAGAAAGAAAGUCACGUUGUCCGGACGAUUGGUGACAUCUUCCUUCAACAUGUCCCCAAGUUCGACCCAUUCAUCAAAUACGGCGCGAAUCAGCUGUACGGCAAGUACGAAUUCGAAAAGGAGAAGGCUUCGAACCCAGCAUUUGCUCGAUUCGUGGAAGAGACAGAGCGUCUCAAGGAGUCUCGUAAACUGGAAUUGAACGGUUACUUGACCAAGCCAACGACGCGCUUGGCCAGAUACCCUCUCCUUCUCGAACAAGUCCUCAAGUACACCGCCGACGAUAACCCGGACAAGCAAGACAUCCCCAAGGCAAUCGGGUUGAUCAAAGAUUUCCUGCAGAGAGUCAACACCGAAAGUGGGAAGGCGGAAAACCACUUCAAUCUCGUCCAACUCAACGCCGCGUUGAAAUUCGCGCCAGGUGACUACGUUGAUCUGAAAUUGACCGAGGAGAAUCGUCAGAUGCUCACCAAGAUGGCUUUCAAGAAAACCCCAACUGACAGUUCGGAAGUUACGGUGUAUCUUUUCGAUCACGCCGUUCUGUUAGUCCGCAUUAAGGUGGUUAACAAACGAGAGGAGUACCGAGUUUACAGGAAGCCUAUUCCUCUCGAGCUUCUCGUCAUUACACAGAUGGAUGAAGUCAUUCCAAAGUUGGGAAUCUCGAAAAGACCGUCAUCGAGUCUGAUCCCAGGAAAUAAGACUACCAACAAUCCUCCAACUCCAAAAGAUGGGCUACCGAUUACUUUCAGGCAUCUUGGCAAGGGAGGUUACGAUCAGACCCUCUACGCUACAUCCCCCCAACAGCGAAAGAAAUUUAUCGAGAUGGUGGAGGAGCAGCAAAGGAAGCUCAGAGAGCGGAACAGUAACUUUUACUCCAAGACGGUUCUUUGUGAGAAUUUCUUCACCACGGUUAAUCGAGUCAAUUGCUUGGUGCCUAUCGAUGGUGGUCGAAAACUGGUCAUUGGCACGGAUAAUGGCAUAUAUGUGGCGGAUCGCUGGCCGAAAGAUAAAAAUGCUAAACCACGGAGAGUGCUCGACGCGAGUGGGGUUACUCAGAUUGAUACUCUAGAGGAGUAUCAGCUGCUUCUGGUUUUAUCUAACAAGACACUCAGUUCGUAUCCAAUGGAGGCCCUAGAAGCAACUGAUGGCCAAAACUCCCUGGCUCGUCGGCCAAAGAAGAUCCAGGGACACGCGAACUUUUUCAAAGCUGGCAUUGGGCUUGGACGACAUUUGGUAUGCUCCGUCAAGACUUCUGCUCUCUCGACUACUAUCAAGGUGUUCGAGCCUAUGGACAAUCUCGCCAAGGGAAAGAAGAAGCCGGCCAUCAGCAAGAUGUUCCAGGGAGGCCAGGAUACUUUGAAACCCUUCAAGGAAUAUUACAUCCCGGCAGAAUCAUCAUCUGUUCACUUCCUUCGUUCGACGCUGUGCGUUGGCUGUGCUCGAGGCUUUGAGGUUGUCAGUCUUGAAACGACCGAAAGUCAAUCGCUUCUGGAUCAGGCCGAUACUUCGCUUGAUUUUGUCGCACGGAAAGAGAAUGUCAAGCCAAUCCACAUUGAACGAAUGAACGGAGAAUUCCUUCUCAACUACAGCGAUUUCUCCUUCUUUGUCAACCGCAACGGAUGGCGGGCCCGGCCUGACUGGAAGAUUUCGUGGGAAGGCAACCCCAAUGCCUUUGCACUGUCCUAUCCGUAUAUACUUGCCUUUGAACCGAACUUCAUCGAGAUCAGGCACGUUGAGACGAGUGAGCUGAUUCACAUCAUGACGGGUAAGAAUAUUCGCAUGUUGCAUUCAUCAACGAGAGAGAUUCUGUAUGCCUACGAAGACGAAGCUGGUGAAGAUGUAGUAGCGAGUCUGGACUUCUGGAACAAACCACGUUCUAAUGAUAAUUAG